AUUGAUGAACCAUCUGUGGAGAGUGGUGGAGGACACUGUAGUAUAGUACUGACUCACAAAGGUGUUGCCAACCACGUAUGCCUGUGGCGGCUGCGGGAAAUAUCCAGUGGGGGAAGGAGAAGGAGGAGCAAGGACCACUUUUCUCAAUAGUCUUGGCAGCGUAUAAUCAGGGAAAGUUCCUGGAGGAGACAGUGCAGAGUGUACUGAAACAAACAUACUCUAAGUGGGAGCUGAUUAUUGUGGAUGAUGGCAGCACAGAUGACACUUCUGAGCAAUCCAUCCGGUUGCUUGGACGAUAUCCCGACAAAGCGAUAAAGGUUCUGCGAAAGCGAAACGGUGGACUUGCAGAUGCUCGAAACAUUGGCUUGAAGUUGGCGAGAGGCUCCUGGCUGUGCAUGCUUGACAGUGACGAUCUCCUUGGGUCAACGUACCUUGAAAGGGCAGCUGACAUUGUGAAAGACGACAAAGAUGUCAUGAUCAUUCCGGGGUGCAUGGAGAAUUUCGAUGCUGCUACCGGAACGUGGUGCUUCCCUGAGGGUUUCAGCAUUCUCGGGAUCGCAAAUUGGAACAAGUUUCAUGCCAGUGUGCUUAUCAGCCGGGCACUCAUGACCCAAGUUGGCGGCUACGACCCUGCGAUUCCCUGGGGCCUUGAAGAUUGGAACUUCUGGUUAUGGAGCUCGCUUUACAGACCCAAGUCCCUUCCUCUUGUGAGCCCUCCCACUUGUUACCCAUAGCUUUAGAUAGGAUAUCCAACUCUAGUGAUCCAUCCCAACAAUCAAAUAGUCAAGAUCUA